AUGAGUUGGAAUGUUAGAGGAAUAAAUAAGAAGAAUAAGCAGAUGUCUAUUUUGGAUGUUUGUCGGGUGAAUAAGAUUGGUAUUGGAGCUCUUCUAGAAACAAAAAUUAAGGGUGAUAAACUGAAGGACGUAAUGGAAACUAGUUUUCAGGGUUGGAAUUAUUAUAAUAGUAUGAGGUUGGAGGGUCGUAUUCUUUUGAUAUGGAAGGAUAGCUGGGUCAAAGUGGAAGUUAUUAAAGAUCACUAUCAAUUUCUGCAUUGUAAAGUUCGGUUUUGUAUCACUGGCCAAGAGUUUUGCCUUACUGUGGUAUAUGGUUCUAAUCAAUUGGAAGCUAGGAAAUUGCUCUGGUCUGAGUUGACUAAUAUGUCUCUUUCUAUUAACCCAUGGCUUAUUAUAGGAUAUUUUAAUGCUGCUUUUGAUCCUAGUGACAGAAGAGGUGGUAGGUGUAUUUCGAAAAAAGAGCUUGAAGAUGCUAGGAAUUGGCUUGAUGUUGGUCUGGUGGAAGAAAUGAAAUUACUGGGCUCAUUUUAUACUUGGUCAAAUAAUCAGGAAGGGGACAAUCGCAUAUACUCUAAACUAGACAGGGUUUUUGUCAAUGAGGACUGGCUGGACAUUUUCCCUUCUGUUAUAGCAGCUGCUCGUUGGGAAGUGACUUCAGACCAUUGUGUUAUUAUUCUGAAGCAAACAAGUAUUUUAAAUGAGGCUAUAGCUCCUUUUCAGUUCUAUAAUAUGUGGACAAGCCACCCUCAAUUCAGAAUCACUGCUCUAUCUAAUUGGAACAAAGACUUAAGAACCAAGGGGUGUGGUUUAGAUCAGAUUUCAUGGAAACUUAUUCGACUUAAGAAUUUUGAGGAUAGUAAAGCCGAGUAUCAAAAGGCAAAAUCUGAUCUCUUCUCUGACCCGCAGAAUCAAAAUUUAAGUUCAGCUGAGAGAAUAUCAUUUCUGAGAUUUAAAAACCAAGAGAAAAUCUAUGGCAGUUUUCUUAGAAAAAAAAGUAAGAUAGAGUGGCUCCAAUUUGGUAAUGAAAAUUCCUCCUACUUUCACGCUUAUAUGAAACAAAGGAAGAGAGCCAAUAGAAUAACGUCUUAUAUGACAGAAGAUGGCAGAGUUGAGGACAGCUAUCCUAAGGUAAUUAAUCACUUUGUUGAGCAUUUUAAAACUGCCCUGGGUUGUCCUAAUAAAGCUACAGGAAACAUAGAUUCCAUAACAGAUCUGGGUUCGACUUUGAGUGUCGAAGAUCAACUGGCUCUAAUCAAGCCUUUUUCAAGCAAAGAUGUUAAAGCAGCGAUGUUUAGUAUUAGCUCUAUAAAGAGCCUUGGUCCAGAUGGUUUUGGGGCUGGGUUCUUUAAAAGUUUAUGGAAAGACAUAAGGAAGGAGGUGGCUAAGGCUAUCCUUGAUUUUUUUGAAACAGGGUAUAUUCCUAAAGCAAUGAAUAAUACUAUUCUAACCCUCAUCCCUAAGAUUGACCACCCAAAUAUAGCUGCUGAUUUUAGGCCAAUCGCCUACUGCAUUACACUCUACAAAUGCAUUUCCAAAAUGCUAUGUCAUAGGAUGAUUGGUAUUCUUCCAAAGUUGAUCAACCAGAACCAAGGGGCUUUUAUAAAAGAUAGGACUCUUGCUCAUAAUGUUUUAAUUCUCCAUGUUCUCUUAAAGGGUUACAAAAUGAAGCAUAGUUCUCCUCGUUGUUUAUUGAAGAUUGACUUGAGCAAAGCCUAUGAUUCCAUUGAUUGGGACUUUCUAGAGAAUCUGCUGAAAGCUUUAAGAUUUCCUGGUCGUUUUAUAAGAUGGAUCAUGAUUUGUUUGAGAGGUGCCUCUUAUUGCCUUAUGUUGAAUGGUUGUCUUCAUGGUAGCUUUCAAGGAGGUAAAGGUCUUCGCCAAGGUGAUCCCAUUUCACCUUUGCUUUUUGUUAUAGUUAUGGAGUAUCUUACUCGAUCCAUAUUUCAAGCAGCUAAAGGAAAAGGUUUCAAAUUUCACCCAUUAUGUAAAUCAUUAAAUAUAAUUAGUCUCUAUUUUGCUGAUGAUUUCCUUGUUCUGUGUAAAGCCAAUACUAGCUCUAUUCAGAUUAUUCAGCAUGCUUUAGAUGAGUUCUCUGCUGCAUCAGGUCUGCUUAUCAAUAAAAGCAAAUCUAGAGCUUACUUUGGAGGGGUUUCGGUCCAUGAUAAACCUGUUUUGCUGAAUAUAUCCAAUCUUGUUGAAGGGGAAUUUCCUCUGACUUAUCUUGGCCUACCUUUGAGACCAACAAAAUGGAAGGCAAUGGAUUGUGACUUAAUCUUAAAGAAGAUCAGACAGAGACUGUGUGUUUGGGCUAGUAGGAACCUCUCCUAUGCAGGGCGGGUCCAGCUGAUUCAGUCUGUUCUGUUGGGUAUUAGAAACUACUGGAUGAGUAUUUUCCUCUUACCUCAGAGUAUCCUUAAGGAGAUUGACCAUCUUUGCAGAUUAUUCCUUUGGGGAGGAAAAGGUAAUAGGAGAAAAUUUCAUCUUACGUCUUGGGAGCAAGUUUGUUGCCCAAAAAGUCAUGGAGGGUUAGGCUUCAAGGAGGGGCCUCUUUGGAAUCAAAUGCUACUUACUAAAUUCAUUUGGGCUAUAUCUUCUAAACAGGAUUUGCUUUGGGUUAAAUGGGUUAAUUUUAUUUACUUGAAGGGGACUCAGAUUUGGGAUUACAAUUUGCACCAUGAUUCUAGUUGGUAUUGGAAAAAACUGAUCAAGAUUAGUAAAGUUCUCUCUUUUUCUUUGCUGGAUUUUGUUUCAGCAAAUGGGAAGUUGAUUCUGUCUAGGAUUUAUCACUUGUUUCUACCUAGCAGCCCAAAGCCUAUCAUGAAAGCAGUUUGGUGUUCUAUUUCAGUGCCAAAUCACAAGUUCAUUUUGUGGCAAUCUGUUCAUCAAAAGUUGCCCACAAGGGAUAUGUUACUUUACUGUCAUAUUCCUCUUCCUUCUCUGAUGUGCCUGAUUUGUGAUCAAGAGCCUGAAAGUCACUCUCAUUUAUUUUUUGAGUGUGUCUUUUCAAAGAGAGUAGUGCAGUCUAUCUUUGAGUGGUUGCAUGGUCUCUGUUGGCCCUCUAAAUUCUCUGACUGGUGCAAUUGGCUGGAGGCAGAUAUGAAAAGUUUCAAGGACCGGAUUACUCUAGCUGUUCUUGAAGCUUCAAUUUAUUAUAUCUGGUAUACUCGGAAUAGAUGCUAUUUUGACAGCAGUUGUCUUAUGAUUCCUUCUGUAAUCAGCUUGAUUAAAUCCUCUGUAAUAGCUAGAAUUCUGGUUUUAAGCUUAGAUCUAAGUCUGUGGCUUCUAGAGCUAAUCAAAUGA